UUCCUCCUCAACUCAGGAGUUUCCUUCCAGAAUGCGACAUGGAGGCAUUGCCCUGUUCACGGUGGCCAUUCCCGCUCCCAUUCCUACGCCGACCUGUCCGUCCUCGGCCUUCACCACUACCAGGGUGAGGUUAAAUGCAAACUAGGGGAACAAGACGACAUAUUCUGCCUGGGCAGUCCGCAACUCAUUAUUGAUUGCAUUCCAAUGUCUUUGCUCACCAACACAAGUCCAGCAUUUGAAUUUGGACCUAUCUACGUGCGUGAACAGGGUCAGCUGCGUCUGUUAAAUGGUGCGUCAAGCUUGAAGGUGAACAGUGGAAGAUCCAAGUCAGUGCGACUAUUUCAAAAGGGAUUCACUGUAAAUCUGUGCAUUGAAGAUGGAGACAAGCCAAAUACUUGUAGGACUGAUCACAUUGUCUUCACUUAUACAAAAGAAGGAAAUCUUCGCUACUCUCCCAAGUCACUUUUUGACGUGGUGCUUGCUUUUAUAGCUGACAAUAUACAGCACGUUGACUCACUAAUUGGCUUCCCAGAGCAGAUUGCUGAGAAACUUUUCAUUGCAGUAGAAGCAAGAAAGAAAUUUGUUGACUCAAGCACAAGCGCCAAGGCACUAUUUAUAUUCAAUGAAGCCUACGGAAGCCUUGUACUCCAGUCCCUGUGUUUACGAGAAAGAUUUAUGUUGGUAUCAGAAAAGUUGAAGGAAAUCCAAUCUUUUCGUGGUUUGAGGCGUCUGGAUCUGUCAAGUUGUAAACUGGGCGAUGACCAUGAACUGUUAAGACACCUGACAUCUGAACCCCUCAUGAGUCUCGCCCUCUUGUACCUCGGGGAUAAUGGCUUGUCUGACUGUGGUCUGCAGAAAAUGACAGCACCUGUCCGAGUGAUGAGGAAGGGUUUAGGAAAUUUGGAGGUACUGGAUCUGUCUGGUAACCCUAGAAUCAGCGGACGUGGUAUGCCAUAUGUGUGUUGCUUUUCAAAGCUGAGGGCACUGAAUAUCUCAGGAACUGGUGUUACGCCCAAUUGUUCAUCAAUCCAAAUGAUUCAGAGCAAGUUGUCGCUGUUUCCUGCUGGAGAACCUCUGGAGGAGUUUAAGCAUUCCUGCUGCAGGACAGAAGGCUGGGCAGAGCAGGUGGUUUAUCAGUGGGAACGUUUGUGUGACAGACAACGCAGGAAAGUUGGCUGCAGAACAGUUGCACAGCGAUUCUAUGGGACGAAUAAAUUCAUCAGUUUAGGCACUGAUGGGUUUUCAAAUACAGUGCAAAUCAAGGACCCAGUCAAAAUGCAGUUUCUCAGAAAACCCAAUCAGGAUCUCUCUGUACAAUCACCCACGAGUUCCACAAUUGGACCCUGUAAGAGAGGUACUGACCGAGCUGAUGAGAUCGAUUGUUCCUCCCCUCCUGUGAAAUGCAAGCGCACUGAGCUGACCUUGGAUGACUGGGACAUGCUGAACUGUUACUGAGGAGGAAAUGGAUGCCCCAAGAGAUCUGUUUCACAGAGAGAAUGUUUGUAAAGGAUUUUAGAAGAUUCCUUCAUUAGUAAAGCCCAGGUAAUAGUGUUUUUAAACUUUUCAGCACUCUGCCUUCACCUGACUGAAACAGCAGUUUGCAAUAUUUCUGAUCAUGUUCAUUCUCAUCAAGUUAAAUUGAUUUGAGUUGUAUGGAUAACUGAAUUCAAAUAAAACAUUUUAGAUAUGCAAAGUUA